AUGGAGGACGCCCAAGCGACUCCCCACGCUUCCAGAGCUUACCAGCUAGAGAUGCUGCAAAAGAGCCUUGGAGGGAAUGUGAUCGUGGCAAUGGAUACUGGAAGCGGGAAAACGCAAAUUGCCAUUCUACGGAUACGAGCGCAGCUUGAGUCUUCUUCAGACCAAAAGCUGAUAUGGUUUCUUGCCCCAACAGUUCUGCUCUGUGCUCAGCAAUUCGAGGCUAUCAAGCUCGAGAUACCCUCAGUAUCAAUCCGAUUAGUAGUCGGAAGCGACAAUGUUCACACUUGGGGUGCCUCUACCUGGAAAUCUCUGUUGGAUGGCACUCAAGCAGUUGUAUCCACGUAUCAGGUCCUGCUUGACGCUUUGGAUCACGCAUUCGUCAAGCUGGACCGCCUCUCUCUUUUGAUCUUUGACGAAGCACACAACUGCGUCGGGUCUAAUCCCGGUGGAAAACUCAUGAAACAUUUUUAUCACUAUAAAGGACCGCCGGAAGAUGCCGACAACCAUUCCGCCCGACCUGCGAUAUUAGGUCUCACUGCUACACCAAGUAUGAGAGCUCAUGUAACAGGCCUCGAGAAGCUCGAGAAGGUGUUAAACGCGAGAUGCAUUUCGCCAUCGCUCCACCGUGCAGAGUUGUUAAAUCAUGUCAAGCGACCACAGCUGAGAGUCAUCGAAUGCGAAACUACUCCAGCGGAGCACUACACGCCGGCCAUGGCUUCAUUGCGGCGGGAAUUCCUAAAGAUGGAAAUCUCGGAAGAUCCGUAUGUGGUUUCGCUCCGCGCCCAGAGUACGGAUAGAAGCAAGCGUUCUCUUGCAAAUGUUCUCGCAAAUCACAAAACGUGGUCGCGCCUUCAGCUGUCUGCACUUCUGAGUCGAUCCAGGCACAUUCGAGGGCUACUGGGCCCUUGGGCGGCAGAUUACUACAUUUGGAAAGCAAAGCAUGCAUUUCUCCAGAAUCUGGUAUCCACGAGCGCGUCUUGUGACGGCUGGAUUCCAGAAGAGGAAGUUUACGUUGCGAGGAUCUUGCAGGACAUUGUCGCACUUGAGCCCACGCCCCGUCCAAUUGGGCACGACAGCGUCUCAGACAAGGUUCACUUGCUACUGCGUGAGCUCGUAACAUUUGAGAGCAGUGUAACUGCAAUCAUCUUUGUCAAGGAGCGCGCUACUGCAGCUGUACUCGCGGCGCUCCUUGGCUCUAUACCGAACUUCCGGGACCGAUAUCAAGUGGGUUAUAUGGUCGGGACCUCGCAGAACCAGCUUCGAAAGCACAGUUUGUACGAAUACUUUGACUCAAAGGAUUUCCAAACAUUGAAUGACUUUCGCAAAGGCAAGGUCAACCUCCUGGUGGCAACAGCAGUUCUAGAGGAGGACCAGUGGUCCGUUUACGAAGAGGAAAUCCAGAAGCUAUGCCAGGAUUCUGAGCGCGAACGACAACAGCUGCAGACUUUGGAGCACCUGGACGAGGGAAUAGACUUUUGCUUUCGAGUACCAUUUACUGGAGCUCGCCUUGACCAUGACAAUGCAAAGCAACACUUGGAACACUUUUGCCGUGUUGUGUCCCCAGGACAAUACACAGAUAGUCGCCCAGAUUAUAUUGUCAAGUUCGUCGAAGAUGGCCGUGAUAUUGUCGUUAGCGCUGAGGUAUUCCUACCGGCGACGAUGCCAGGCAAGCUCCGACGCUUUCAAUCAUCGCGCCCUUGGAAAACGGAAGUAAAUGCUGUGAAAGAUGCUGCUUUUCAGGCUUACCUGGCACUUUUUCGUGCUGGUAUGGUUAAUAAGAAUUUGCUGCCGUUGGAGACCAACAUUGACUUUGGGGUGGAAACCCGGGCCCCUAUUAUUGGAGUCCAGACCUUGUUUGAGCCAUGGACUGAAGUAGCCUCUACUUGGGCAGAAGGGAACUCGCGCUGGACCUACAAAGUACAGGUUCACGGGCCGGAUGAUGCGUUUUUUGGAGACUACACCAUGACGCUGCCCAUUGAGCUUGGACCAUUGCGCCCAGCCAAUCUAUACCUGGAUUACAACACCACGUACAGAUUGGUAUUUUCGCAUCCACAGCGAAUUUCAGCAGCUGAAGCAGCGAAGAAGGCAGAUCAUACUUCAACGCUUGUUGGUCUGCAUUUUUGCCAUCGCUGGUCAAUGACGGAAGGAUCUCAUGUCAUCAAAUUUACUUCCCAUGACGAUUCGCUCAGCCUGCAGGAUAUUGGCAACAGGCCAUUUGAUGCAAACUCGGCUGCAAUCUCCAGCAAGAAUUAUUUGAUCAGAGAUCACAGCAAAGCACCAGCCAAGUAUAUUGGUGGUCUGCCAUCUAAGCCACCCAUCGAUAUGGUUCAGCGACCCUUUCGGGACUACAACGACGCACCAGGAGGAAUGUAUCUUAAUCUGCUGAGAUGGACCCGUCGCACUGACUUUCUUCAUCCAAUGAAGGUUGAUCCGGAGACGCAAAUCGUAAGCCAAAAGCAAUACAUUGCUGUACUUCCAUUGUCCUAUGCAACUGUGGACAGUAUAAAUAUCAAGCACGCUAGGUUCGGAAUGCUGAUACCUUCCAUUGUCCAUACCAUUGAGACGAUGCUCAUUGCACGUCAGCUUUCAGUCACAAUUCUGAGUCCCCUAGGUAUCUCCGAUUAUCUGCUAUUAAGGGAUGCUAUCAGUGCAAGAAGCGCAAGUGAGCCGACUCACUACGAGCGGUUAGAGUUUCUCGGGGACUCGAUUCUCAAGUAUUGUGCCAGUAUGCAGGCCGCCGCGACAAACUUGAAUUGGUCAGAGGGCUACCUAUCUAGGUACAAGGAUCGUCUGGUCGCCAAUUCAAGACUCUCGCGUGCUGCGGUUGAGACCGGCUUGUCGAGAUUCAUAUUGACAGUACCUUUUACAGGUCAAAAGUGGCGCCCUUUCUACCUUGAAGCCGUUUUGUCCGGGAAGAUGAAGCCGCCUGCCAAGCGCAACCUAUCGACAAAGGUGCUUGCCGAUGUCGUCGAGGCGUUAGUAGGCGUAGCCUACACCGUGGGCGGUAUCCCCAAAGCCAUCCAGUGUCUGUCAAUAUUCGUCAACGAGUGCGACUGGGUAGAUCCGAGCGAAGCAAGAGCGGAGUUCUUUUCCUUUGCGCCGAGUCAUUGCGCAGACUCCUUGCACUUGCAUAUUCUCGAGGAGCUUGUUGGCUAUUCGUUCACCAAGAAAUCUCUCCUUCUCGAGGCAACCACGCACGCAUCCUAUAUUGGCGACAUUUCUGGGCGGAGCUGGGAGCGCUUGGAGUUCCUUGGUGAUGCCGUUCUCGACUACAUCAUUGUCAGAAAACUCAUCAACCACAGCCCACCACUACCGCAUUCUAGAAUGCACAUGAUCAAGACAGCCAUGGUCAACAAGGAUUUCCUGGCCUUUAUCAGCCUCGAAGAGCAUGAGCUGUCGCAGACCGAGUCAUUUAUAACGCAAACCGGAGCAGUCCUGACGGAGAAUAAACGAACAGCCAUCUGGCGAUUCAUAAGGCACUCGUCCAACGGCCUUGGCCCAGCGCAGUUGGAAACGGCGAAGCGCCACAAAAACGUGCGCGAUGAUAUUCUCAGCGCGAUCCGCGAUGGCGAUCACUACCCUUGGCACAUUCUCGUCAAACUGCACGCGGCCAAGUUGUACUCUGACCUGAUGGAAGCCCUGGUCGGCGCCAUAUGGGUAGACUCGGGCUCUCUCGCUCCGUGCGAGGCGUUUCUCGCGCGCGUCGGCAUGCUUCCCUAUCUCGACCGUAUCCUCGCCGACAGCGUGCACAUGCAGCACCCCAAGGAGGAACUUGGCAAAGUGGCGCAGGCCCGCAGCAUGGUUUACAAGAUUGACGAGGUCCAGUCGGGCGAUCAAGGGAAGAUUUACAACUGCAGGCUGUUGGUCGGAGACGUCGAGGUGGGCGCUGGGUACGGAGGACUUACAGCGGAGGAAGUGAGAGUGAGAGCUGCGACGGAGGGUGUCGCGUUCCUCAAGGCGGAGGCAGCGGUGCCAGCUGACAAUGGUAUAGCAGAAGAUUAG